AUGUGCACGGCCAGGCUCUUCACCCUCGUCCUGGUGGUGCAGCCGCCCCGCGUCCUCCUGGGCAUGAAGAAACGCGGGUUUGGAGCUGGGCUGUGGAACGGCUUCGGGGGGAAGGUGCAGCCGGGGGAGAGCAUCGAGGAGGCUGCUCGCAGGGAGCUCCUGGAGGAGAGUGGACUGACUGUGGACACCUUGCAGAAGAUGGGUCAGAUCACAUUUGAAUUUGUGGGCAACUCCGAACUCAUGGAAGUUCACAUUUUCCGAGCAGAUCAUUUUCAUGGAGAGCCAACAGAAAGCGAUGAAAUGCGUCCACAGUGGUUUCAGCUGGAUGAGGUGCCAUUCAAUCGCAUGUGGGCAGAUGAUAUCUAUUGGUUUCCCCUGCUGCUUCAGAAAAAGUUGUUUCGUGGCUAUUUUAAGUUCCAGGGACAAGACACCAUCCUGGAGCACACCCUGAAAGAAGUGGAGGAAGUUUAA